AUGGUUAUAACUGAUGAAUCUGAAAUGUAUGAACAAGAUGAGAUCGAUGUUGAUGAUUUUUCAGUAAGAGGGAUUCAACCUAUCAGCAAAAUUUAUGAAAGGGCUGAUAUGGCAAUUCUUAAACCCAUCAAUUAUGAAGAAGUUGCAUUAAUAGAAGGCUGGAAGGAAGCAAUGCAAGCUGAGCUGAAAAUGAUUCAUAAAAACCAAACUUGGGAGUUUGUUGAUAAGUCAUCACACAAGAGAGUUAUUGGCGUCAACUGUAACAGAACCAAGCUCAAUGCUGAUGGCUCACUCAACAAGUUGAAGGCAAGGUUGGUAAUGAAAGGGUUUAGUCAGCAAUAUGAGAUUGAUUACAUGGAGACCUUUGCAUCAAUAGCGAGAUUGGAUACAACCAUACUACUUCUAGCUUUGGCGGCAUAG